GAAGGUGAACCGGCAAUUUUAUUGGUCGCCGCCGUGUCAGGAAGUGUCAAGCAGCCAAUUGAACGGCGCGGAGAUUUAUCUGUGCCUUUGACCACAGGACCCAAAGUACCUGUCAACACAAUGCACUCCUUCUGUAAAGGGGGAAAAGUCUCAGCGGGUUUAUGAACGAAGUUUGUCCCGCUUAUUAUCUCCACCCGUCGGACUCCGGGAAUGACAUUUGUUGCCACUAGCAGGAUGGAGUGCCUGUUCCAGCGAUGCCAUAAAGAGCCUGUCUUCCUCUCUGCCUUCCGCUCGGUGCUGCUGAUGUCAUGUUUGGUCUUGGUCCUGACUGUGUCCAUGUAUCCUGGGUUGUGGUCCAUUGGGGUCCAGCUUCAUUCAGCCCUCACAGGGAGCUACGUGCCAGGCCAUCACUGUGUCCUUCUCAUCAACAGCCCCAACGAACAGGCAGCCAAGGACAUUGGCAGGGCGAUCAUGGAGCGGCGGCUUGCAGCCAGCGUUAACAUUCUCUCCAGGACCUCCACAAUGUACUAUUGGAAAGGUGAAAUCCAGGAUGCAAGUGAAGUUCUGAUGCUGGUGAAAACAAAGACCUCCAGGAUCCAGCAAGUCAUAGACUAUGUGAGGUCCAUCCACCCCUAUGCAAACCCAGAAGUCCUGAGCUUCUCGGUGGAGGACGGCAGUUUGGCCUACAUGAAGUGGAUGGAUGAAGCCAUUCCAGAGGACUGAUCCAUCAUUAAAAACAAAGCCAAUUUCUGAAUGAUGGCAGCUGAACAAGGACUCUGAGCCAAGCAUACAGGCUGUUGUUUGGAGAUGGAUUGAAUGGUUCAUAAAGCACUCUGUUCAACAAAAGUUCAAUACGUGACAUUUACACUAUUUUGUUGCUCUGACCUUUUCAUUGUAAAUUCCACUUUGUACUGUGGAGAUUUGAUUUCAGUCCUUUAAAGAGCUUUUUGUACCAAAGUCACUGAAAAUAUUUAUUGACUGGCAGGUGUAAGUUAACACUGCGUAACAGGACACCUCAAACAAA